AUGUCAGUGUCGGAAAAUUCGAAGCCACUGGAGAAUUCUGUAAAAAACGAAGAUGGAGACAACAAAGAGAACAAGCCAACAGGCGGAGCUGCUACUAAAUCGUGGAAAAUUGGCGAUUUUAGCAUGGGAAAGGCGCUUGGAAAAGGAAGAUUCGGACAUGUUUACUGCGCCAAAGAGACCAAGUCUGGAUAUGUUGUCGCGUUGAAAGUUAUGUUCAAAAAUCAGAUCAAAGAAGCGAACCUGCAGCACCAAGUGCGACGAGAGGUUGAAAUCCAAUCUCAUAUCAAACACAAGAACAUUUGCCGACUGUACGGGUACUUUCACGACGACCGACGCGUUUACAUAAUUCUUGAGUACUGCAAAAACGGCAAUCUUUUCACAAAGCUAAAGGAAGAGAAAAAAUUCGAGUCAGUAGAAGCGGCCCGUUACGUCCGUGAAAUCGCAGAGGGAUUGGACUACAUUCAUAAGCUCAACGUUAUCCACCGCGAUCUCAAGCCGGAAAACGUCUUGCUCGGGCGCAACAACGAAGUCAAACUCGCCGACUUUGGUUGGUGUGUUUUCACGCCCCAGAGCAGGCGGCAGACAUUUUGUGGCACCAUGGAUUACUUGAGCCCAGAAAUGCUAAAUGGUGUCUCCCACGACAAGAAAAUUGAUCACUGGGCCCUUGGAUGCAUCGCUUUUGAGCUCCUAACCGGCUACCCUCCUUUCGUCGGCGACAAGAGGAACCCUACCGUCGAAACUACCAGACAACUCAUCAUUUCUGGCACGAUCGACUUCGAUUCCGCCACUGAAGUCUCCAAAGAAGCGCGUGAAGUAGUCGAUGGACUGGUUCAACUCGAGCCAGCUGACAGAAUCGAGCUCGUCGAGCUUCUCAAAAUGCGCUGGCUAGCUAACUGA